GUUGCCUACUUUACAGGAGAUCUGAGCACAUAACCUACAAUUUUACAAAUCUUAUGUAAAUCAUUUUUAAACCCUUAAAACGCUCUCCUUUGCUUUAAUUAACCUUAAAAUAACCAACUACUUGCUUCUCAAGCUUUACCUGUGUUUAAUUACGUUGUCAUUUCGUUAAUUCCACCAAACGUGAACUUUGUACAAUGUGCUCAAUAUUCCAAAGUGUCUAAAUAACCACCAACAAUGCAAAGACGCGUCGUCGUCACAGGAAUCGGAGUAAUCUCCCCCGUGGGCACCACCGUCCAACAAGCAUGGAAAACCAUCCUCGAAGGAAAAUCCGGCAUCCACAAACUCGGAAAAGACUUCGAAACCCUACCUUGUCAAAUCGCCGGCCUAAUCCACGAAAACGGCGAACGAAUCCACCUCUCCAACUACUACACAAAGACUGAACUCAAAUCCAUGGGCCCCGCCACCGCCUACGCCCUCCUCGCCGCCAAAGAAGCCGUCGAAGACGCCAACCUCCAAAAUGCCGACGCCCCCACGAAAACCCGCACGGGCGUCGCCGUCGGGAUGGGCAUGGUGGACCUGGACGACAUCUGCAAAACCAACGACGCGCUGCGGAAGAGCUACAAACAAGUCAGCCCGUUUUUCGUCCCUAGAAUCCUCCCCAACAUGUCGGCGGGGCAAAUCAGCAUAAAGUACGGUUUCCAGGGGCCUAAUCACGCCGUGUCUACGGCUUGUGCGUCCGGGGCGCACGCCAUUGGGGACUCGUUUCGGUUUAUUCGCCACGGGGACGCCGACGUUAUGGUUUGUGGAGCGGCGGAAGCGUGUAUCUCGCCACUGGCGAUCGCGGCGUUUUGUAGACUAAGAGCUUUGAGUACGUCGUUUAAUGAUAGCCCGGAACGGGGGUCCAGGCCCUUUGAUAAGUUGCGCGAAGGGUUUGUGAUGGGGGAAGGGAGCGCGAUUUUGGUUUUGGAGGAAUUGGAGCACGCGAUUGAGCGGAAAGUUCCGAUUUAUGCGGAGAUUUUGGGGUAUGGGUUAUCGGGGGACGCGUCUCAUUUGACUGCGCCGCAUUCGGACGGGGCUGGGGCGAUUUUAGCGAUGCAGAGGGCUGUGGAGGAUGCUAAGAUCAAGUUGAGUGAUGUGGGGUACAUUAAUGCGCAUGCGACUUCCACUCCAGUGGGGGAUGCGAUUGAAAUUAAAGCAAUAAAAAGUUUGUUUGGGGGGCAUGCCGGGAAUUUGGCGGUGUCGUCUACGAAAGGGGCGCACGGGCAUUUGUUGGGGGCUGCCGGGAAUUUGGAGGCUGUGUUUACGGUGAAAGCGGUCCAGGAGGGUGUAUUGCCCCCCACGGUUAAUCUAGAGACUGUGGAAGAGGAGGGUGUGAAUUUGGUGGCUUUAACCCAGCAGAAGUGGGUUGGUACUAACAAAAGGAUAGCCCUGAAGAACGCUUUCGGAUUUGGGGGUACAAACGCCUGUUUGUGUAUAUCUCAGUUCUCGAAUUAACACAUAAAUGUAAUGAGCAGCCCAAACAUUUAUGGUUUUUAUUGUUUUUACAUAGAACAAAUGUGAUUUAAUAUAUCAACUUUAUCCAAAACAAACUGUUUCAAUAACAAUAAUCCAUAAAAUGGAAUGUAUCGAAUAUAGUAACAAAACGUACAUAUACUAGACUUCAAUUCA